UGGGGUGGGCUGGGGGGCCAGGAGCAGCUUUCGGGAUGCAGCAGGGAUGACCAGGGUCCUGGUGGAAGUGAUUGGCAGAGACUGGCAAGGGCCGAUUGCUUUCACCGGCAGCUUCGCGGUGGCCGCGGUUUCCUGGCAUCCUUAGCUCUACGCUGUUCGAAUUCCGCAGAUGCUGCCAGGGCACCUUGGGGCCGGGAGGCCGAAGGGGACGAGCCAUGAGGGGGACCAGUGCCCCAGAUCUGGGGCCGCCCCCGAGAGGGCAGCUGUGGUGGCCAGUGUUCCUCGGGAGGAUGGCAGAGCCCGGGACAUGCAGUACCAGCGACUGCAGCAGCAGCUGGCCGGGCUGCGGGAAGAGUUCCUGAGCCGCGAGUCGUGGUGGGUGGCCGCGCACAACGAACUGCAGCGUCAGGUGGACGCCCUGCGAGAGCAGAGCCUGCAGCUCCAGGACCGACUGCAGGCCUCGGGGCCGCGACCAGGAGCCAGAGAGAGAAUGGCGGCCACCCUGCCCUCAGGACAGACAGCAGACAGCCUGGUAUUAGAAUCCAGAAUCGCACCCCCGUCUGCUGAUGGAGAAGAAAGGCCAAAGUGUAUUGUCUGCAAGCCUCAGAGUGCUGCUCUCCUGGGGCCAAGUGGGUGGGUCAGAACUGCAGCUCCGCCCAAGGUUGUUCACGACACGUCCGGAGGCCUGCAAAGACCGAGUGGCAGACACUCACCAGUGCCAGCUCCCGACCUUGUGCUACCCGGCAGGCCUGAGCCGGCGGCCGCCACAGACGACACGCGCUCGUCCGCCUCGGCGAGUCCUGCAGCAGCUUCCCUGGCGUCUGCGGAGUCGCAGAUGGCCGGCCGUGUGGACACACAGACCAUGUGCACAGCCUGUCCCCGGGGCUCAGCAGCGGUGCGGCUUCAUCACAAGCAGACAGAAAAGCUGCACCCUGACGGCUCCAAAGAAAUCGUGUUUGCAGAUGGGACAGUGAAGCGUCUCAAGAGUGGGCACGAGGAGACCUUGUUUCCUGAUGGGACAGUCGUGAGAGUGAGGAGGAAUGGUGACAAAAUCAUCGUGUUCAGCAACGGGCAGAGAGAGAUCCACACGGCCCAGUUCGAGCGGCGGGAGUACCCCGACGGCACCGCCAGGACUGUGUACUUCAGCGGCCUGCAGGAAACCAGGUGUGCGACCGGCAGCGUCAGGGUCAGGGUCAGAGACGAGGCUGGAACCGUCAUCCUGGACAGAAAGCCGGCGGUCCCUCCACAGCACAGCGCAGGUCGCCUAGAAAAUACGAAGGCAAAUCAGAAUUCAACUAAUUUUAUAUUAAAAUUAGAAUCCCAGAACAUCGGAGAGGAGUAAUUCUUGAGCAUCUUGUCAUGAGAUGUUCACGUGUUCACGUUCUUCAUCUGGAGGAAACGAGAUCCGUCUUCAAUGUCCGAGAGGACUUUCACCCUGAAAUAAAGCGUGCACA